CUAAGACCUCUUAUUCGGAUCUGAUAUACUAUGACGUCGAUGGCACAAACUAAUGAUUACAUCCUUCUACUCAACAACCAACAGUUCUCCGGGGGCCUGUCUAUCGCUAUACACACUUUCUGGGUACUAUAGAGAAUGCGCCGCUUCGAAAGAAUCUACGAUGUGGUAGAGCCUGUUGAAGAAUACCGUCAAGGGGGAUACCAUCCUGUGCAUCUUCACGAUGUGUUCCACCAAAGAUACGAAGUUAUUGGGAAGCUAGCAUAUGGCCAAUACUCGACGGUAUGGCUUGCGAGGGACCAACUAAAAAAUUCACAACAAGUGGUACUGAAAAUACUAAAAGCAGAAGCAUCCCAAGACAACAACAGGGAGCUUUCAAUCCUUCUUACCCUCUCAGAUCCCAAUAUAGAUCAUCCUGGAAAGAAACAAAUAGUUGAACUACUCGAUCAUUUCUACACCAAAGGACCGAACGGAACUCACUUGUCAUUGACGGUCAGUGGAAGUCCGCGUAAAGUCAGCUACAUACGGGCUAUUUCUCGUCAGCUUUUGCUGGGACUUGACUUCCUACAUCAGUCAGGCAUUGUACACUGUGAUCUUCAACCGGCAAAUAUCCUGUUUUCACCUCCUGAGUUCAGUCCCGUUAAGUGGUCAGAAGGGUUUAAAGCAGACGAUAGUGCUCCUAAGUAUUUGGUGCCUAGCCAAAGGCGAAGGGGUCAGUUGAAUGAUGCGAAUUUCUCAACACUGGAGGUUAGGAUUGGGGAUUUGGGAGGAGCUCAAUAUGUUCAACACUGUGAUGAAAAACCAGUGACGCCUUUGGGCUUGCGCGCACCUGAGCUGAUUAGACAUACCCGGGAUACUUCGAUUGAUACUACGCUGGAUAUCUGGGCAUUAGGAUGUUUGAUAUUCGAACUAGCAACGAAUGAGCCGCUGUUCCCUCUGGACACGUUCGGCAUCACACGAGAGGAGAUAGACAAUGACCACGGUAUUCUUAUUGAGAAACGACUCGGUUCGAACAACCAGGACGGGGACUUUAACUUUGGUGCUGAGAAUGCGGAGAGCCUCGCAUCGUUCCUUCUCUAUAUGUUGCAGAUAGACCCUCGCGAACGAUUAUCUGCAAAAGAGCUGCUUCAGACACCCUUCAUGACGGACUCGGAUGAUUACUGA